AUGCAAUAUUUUUCAUAUACAUCUGAGGAUAUUUAUACUUAUUAAAAUUUAGAAGAAUUGAAAAAAAUUAUAGAAAUUGACGAGAUUGGAUUAACAAGAAUACAUGAAUAAGAACAAUAUGUUUCAUAUGAAAUAAAUAGAGAAAAAUGUAUUAGAUUAAGUGAUCUAGUUUAUUUUAUCGUAAAUAUUAAUUUCAAUAAAGUCAUUUAAUCUUGUUAGAAUACAUUUAGGUUAACUAUUGGUUUUAGUUAAAUCCUUAGCUUAAAAAGUUUAAUAAUUGUAAUUGGUUAAAAUAGAUCAUGAAUACUUGGAUUGUAAUAGAAUUUGGUUGAAAUUCAAUAAUUAAAAUGAAGCAUUUAAUUGUAAAUAUUCGAUAUUAAAUUAUACUAUUCAUUUCACUGGCUAUUAAUGUCCAAAUUAUGAAGACUUAAAUGAAAAAGAGAUUGAAAGGGUUAGCUAAUCAAAAAAAAUAUUAAUUAUUAUAAAAUAUAUUAUUGAUAAUUGUUUUGAUAACAUAAUACUAACAUAACCCAAAGAUGAUGUGAAAAAAACUAUUAUUGAGCCAAUAAUAAAUGAAAUAAAUAAUAAACAAUUAGAUUAAUUAAUUUAUAAAAUAGAUGAUACCUUAAAGAAAUAUUAAUAUGAUAAACAGAAAUAAAUCAUUUCUGUUGAUGAAGAUAUUGAUACAAUAAAUAAUAAAAGACAUGAAGGGAAAAUAAAAUAUAAUCUAGACAUAAAAAAAAUUAUGUAAACGACAUCAUAAAUGGAAAAAACUCCAUCAAAUGCAUAUAAAUUAGAAUACUGCUUAUAUUCAAGCCUUCCUUAAAUUGUUAAACAGCUCGAUAAUGAUGAAGGAUAUUAAAGAAUAUAGUAUGAAGGGAAUAAUAUUAAAACUACUAUUGAAUAAAUUUAUUUUGAUCUUUAAAAUAAAAUUUAAAAUUAUAUUGAAAAAUAAGUUAAAUAAGCAAUAAUAGAAUAAAUUUAGUUUAAUUCGUAAUUUUUUAAGUUUCAAUAUGAUGAAUAAGAUAUUACGAAAAUAAUAACAAAAGUAAUCUGUAAGCAUGCAAUAAUUCAAUAUUUUUACAAUACUUAUACAUAUAUUUUUAAGUAUACAUUCAAAUUAAAUAUUGAUAAUUAAGAUACUUACGAAUUUAAUGCCAACAAACUUUACUAAGCUAUGGAAAAAGCUAUUGAUAAAAUAAUCCCUCUUGAGACAAAACAAUAUUUUAUUUUAGAAACCACCAAUAAAAUUUUAGAGCUAAUUAAUGAUUUAAUUUGA